CUCCAGUGGUUUGAGUCUUACCUAUCAGAUAGGUCCUUCAAAGUAUCUUGGAGAGGGGAAAUCAAAAACAUUUCCAAGAAUGGAGAGCAGCAAGGUCAUCUCAACUGACAAAGCUACAGUUAUCAUCCAAGUAAAUUCACAGGUGGCAAAAGAUACUCUUAUUUGUGAUGGACAGCAGGCCAGAGUAGCAUAUCACAAUACUGCACUUAAAGGAUUUCUCAAAGCACAACCAAAAGCAUUGGGGGCUGUCCAGAUAAUGACUGGAGUGACGGUUUUCUUAUUUGGUAUCAUACGCACCACUGAUGUCUACAAUUUCCCUGCUGUUGCUUUGUUUAGUGGCAUCACCUACUGGGGAUCCCUCGUUAACAUCAGUGCUGGCUCUCUGACUGUUGCUGCUCAGAAUAAACUUCAUUCGUGUGUGGUGAAAGCUUCUCUUGUAAUGAAUGUGCUCAGUUCCAUAACUGCUGGACUUGCCAUUCUUCUGAUAGGCAUGGAGUUAGGCCUUGGCUCAGAGACCAGCAAGUAUCGAAGUUGCUUCUAUGGCUAUGUUCGUACUGAAGACCAAAUGUGUUCAUUUUUUGAGAGAUAUGAUCUGGGAAUCCUUGGAAUAUUGCUGGUGUUCUCCAUCCUUCAGUUCAUCAUCUCCAUCUUUAUCUCAGCAUUUGCCUGCAAAGCCACCAGCAACACGGACACAGCAAUACUCAAUGUGGCACUGAUUGGGGAUACUGAGUCACAGUAUGGAGAUCCAACCAUCUAAAGUUUGCAAGUAAUUAAUGUCAUAUUGUUGCUUCUAAUGACUCAAGCUAUUUUUAGUGUUACAGUAACUGAACAGGAAUAAAAAUCAUGUACGUAUCUAUAACAGAGCAAGAAUAUUUGUGUAUAUUUUAUAAUUAGCCUAUUGUAAAAUGGACCUGCAGAGUUUAGACCUAAGCUUGAUCAAACACACAUGAACAAGCUAAUCAAGGUCUUUGGGAUUCCUAGAAAAUUACAGGCAGCUCAAUUACAAUUGAUCAAGGUUGGAGCUAACCAUGCAGGACCAUAGAUCUUGAGGGCCUGAGUUGAGAAACCAUGUACUAUAUAUUGUCAACUACAUGUUAACACAAUUUUUAAAGAAAGACUUAAUUUGACUGAUAUAUUUGUCAGUGGAUCUCUACAAAUAUCCUCAAUCCUAUAAUGUUUCAAUGUAUUAGUUGAAACAUUGAUAAAAAUGGCUCUCACAAGACACAGAAAAACAAACACAAUGUAUUUUUAUUCUAGUAAUGUAUAGUACAGUGUUCUGAAAUAAACAGAAAUAUUCUGCAUUAAUAAACAGACUUUUUUUCUUUUUUCUUUUUUUAAAU